CUACAUGACAUUUUUUUAUAUAUAUUAUCGUUUCUUUUCCUGAAAUUUUCCAUUUUAUUUAUUUCUUUGCAAAAACCCUAAAAAUUCAUUCGUCUAAGAGAGAAAAAUUAUCUUCUUUUUCUUGUGAAUUUUUUUUUGGGGAUAUUGCAUGUAAUUUUUUGGGGAUUUUUGAGGUUUAAUCUCCAUUGAAAGAAGCUCUGGCAUUUCUCUGCUACAGUGUUGGUUUUCAGCUGCAGAAUUGGUGAAAAAAGUUUGGUGAAUUUCAGGAGCAGAGUAUUUAAGUAAUUUUGGGGAAUUAGUGAGAAAAUGGAGGAGAAAGGUGAAAUAAGUCCAAGUGGGGUCGUCACAGUUAAGGGAGAUGAAGCUUUGGUUCCAAGAACAGAGUUUCAACAAAACCCUAGUUUUCUCCAAUUCGUGAGUCCCACAACGGUAGUGACUCCUCUCCCUCCUCCACCAGCUCCGUCUUCGGCUCCGGUACCAACCACCGUGACUCCUGGCUCAGCCACAGCAUCAACCGGAUCAGAUCCGACGAAAAAGAAGAGAGGAAGACCGAGGAAGUACGCACCAGACGGAAGCCUGAACCCUAGGUUUUUGCGACCAACUCUGUCUCCAACUCCAAUCUCAUCUUCGAUUCCAUUGUCUGGAGAUUAUCAAUGGAAACGAGGCAAAGCUCAGCAGCAGCAUCAGCCUCUUGAGUUCGUCAAGAAAUCUCACAAAUUCGAGUAUGGAAGCCCAGCUCCUACUCCUCCUCUUCCUGGGCUCUCAUGCUAUGUGGGUGCAAAUUUUACGACCCAUCAAUUUACUGUCAAUGGCGGUGAGGAUGUGACAAUGAAGGUUAUGCCGUAUUCGCAACAAGGAUCUCGAGCUAUCUGCAUUCUUUCUGCAACUGGUUCGAUCUCUAAUGUCACUCUUGGUCAACCUACCAAUGCAGGUGGCACUCUUACAUAUGAGGGUCGGUUUGAGAUACUAUCGCUAUCUGGUUCCUUUAUGCCUACUGAAAAUGGAGGAACAAAAGGUCGGGCUGGUGGGAUGAGCAUUUCUUUAGCCGGACCAAAUGGCAAUAUAUUUGGUGGUGGCCUUGCCGGUAUGCUUAUAGCAGCUGGUCCUGUUCAGGUGACACGAUUUGAUUACAUGAAUGAAACAUAUUUACAGAUUCAGGAGUAUAGAAAACUCUAAAGUCUUAUAAUAUGUGACAGGUGGUAAUGGGAAGUUUCAUUGUGAUGCAUCAAGCAGAACAAAAUCAGAAGAAGAAACCUAGAGUUAUGGAGGCUUUUGCUCCACCACAACCACAAGCACCACCACAACUGCAACAACAACAACCUCCUACUUUUACCAUAACAACCGUGAAUUCAACUUCUCCUUCGGUGAACACCGUAGAGGAGCAGAAACCACAAGCUUAUGGUGGUGGUAUAGUGAGACCGAUGGCUCAAAUGCCUUCUUCUUUCCAAAACGACAAUUCAACUAUGAACAAUUUCACACCGGCCUAUCAUGGAUACGGGAAUAUGAACACUGGUACUACUCACAAAGAAGAACAUGAAGACGAAGAUGGUGGUGAUGAUGAUGAUGAUUCAGGCGAUACUAGGAGCCAAUCUCAUAGUGGUUGAGCAAUUCUCUGAUCAAAGUCAGAAAGUUUUCUUGUGUAGAAAGGAAGGGAGCUUAAAGGAGUGCUUUUUUUUAGAGGGUUGUUUUAGUUGUGUGAGGGUUUUCUUCUUUUGUGUGCUUUUCUAAUUUCUAGGGUUAUUCUUCUUUGUGAUCGGUUUAGAUUUAAUCAUGUCGAAGUCAUAGACUAAACGAUGUUCUUAUUGUUGAGGUCAUUGGGAUUCAAAUUUAGUAAGACUUUUGUGAUAUGGUUCAUAUUCUUGCAAAGUCCAUUCAUAAGAUUCACUACAAACAAAUGUUUUUGAUGUAUAAUACAAAGUAGG